CAGGGAGAAAGGUUGGUCCCCUGUCCUUGUUAUUGAAAUUAGCUCUAUAUCUGUAUCUGUCUUCGACUGCAAAGUUUGUUGAAGUUGAGUGCCUACAUGUAAGACACUCAAUUUAAAGCUUUUGUUUCUUGAAAUCAUUUGAAUUCCUCUUGAGGGGUCUCCUCAUCUGGCUCGUCUUAGCCCUUGCAGGUGAACCACUGGAUGGAUGGCUGAAAGGAAUUACACCGUAGUGACAGAGUUCUUCCUUAUGGCAUUUACUGAGCAUCCCGAGUGGAGGCUUCCUCUUUUCGUCGUAUUUUUGAGUUUCUAUCUUGCCACUGUGUUAGGGAACACAGGCAUGGUCAUCCUGAUCCGCAGAGAUCGUCGUCUCCACACCCCAAUGUACUUCUUCCUCAGCCACCUUUCCUUGGUGGACAUCUGCUACUCAUCCACCAUCAUCCCUCAGUUGCUGGCUGUGCUGUGGGAGCACGGCACAGUCAUCUCCCAGGCUCGCUGUGCCGCUCAAUUCUUCCUCUUCACCUUCUUCGCCUCCAUCGACUGCUACCUCCUGGCCAUCAUGUCCUAUGACCGCUAUGCAGCCGUGUGCCAGCCCCUGCUUUAUGUCACCAUCAUGACCGAGAAGGCCCACUGGGGCUUAGUCACUGGGGCUUAUGUUGCUGGUUUCUUCAGUGCCUUUGUUCGAACGGUCACAGCCUUUACUCUCUGCUUUUGUGGAAACAAUGAGAUCAAUUUCAUUUUCUGUGACCUCCCUCCUCUAUUAAAACUCUCUUGUGGGGACAGCUACACUCAGGAAGUGGUGAUUAUUGUGUUUGCUGUUUUCGUCAUGCCUGUCUGUAUCUUGGUGAUCUUGGUGUCCUACCUGUUUAUCAUCACGGCCAUCCUGCAGAUCCGCUCUGCUGGAGGACGGGCCAAGACCUUUUCCACCUGCGCCUCCCACCUCACUGCCGUCGCUCUUUUCUUUGGCACCCUCAUCUUCAUGUACCUGCGAGACAACAUGAACCAGUCCUUGGAAGGAGACCGAGUGGUGUCUGUGCUCUAUACGAUGGUGACCCCAAUGCUGAAUCCCCUCAUCUACAGCCUGAGAAACAAAGAGGUAAAGGAGGCUGUUAGGAAAGCCCUGAGCAAAUCAAAGGCUGCUAGAAGACCCUAAAUGGACCCUUGUGAAAUAUGUUAUUCCUGAGUUUUCCCAUCUUUUCUGUCUUUUCUCAAUAGCACCUUUUGGAGAGGCUUUCCUAGACAACCCUAAGUAAAAUCGCACCUGAACUCUCCACCUCCACUUUCUGAUUUAUUAUUUUAUGUAAUACUUAUUACCAUCUGACAUAUUACAUGUUUUACGUGUUUGACAUUGUCUAAUGCUCACAACUAGAAAGUAAGCAACAUCAGAGCAAGUAUUUUUUAUCUGAGCUUCAUUUCUAUAUGCCCAGUUCCUAGCAAAGCACCUAGCAUGUGAAAGGCAUGCAAUAAAUAUUUGUUGAGUAAAUGAAUCUCAGGUUCCAGUGUCUACUUUUAAGUUGUAACUUCUUCAGUCAUCAGUUUUCUCAUCUGUUAAGUAGGUUUAUCUACCUUAUAGGACUGUGGUUUUGAGAAUCCAAUGCAUAAAUAAGCAAGGAUUAUAUUUGUAUUAUUCACUACAAUCUGCAGAAUCCAGUGUAUUGCCUGGCAUGACAAAUACUUGAUGAGUAAAGCAAGAAUAUUUGGAAAAUUGCAAAGCAGUCUACAAAUACAACUACUGUUUCGAUCCAAGGGGAUUUUCCAAAUCUCAUCAUUUAUUCAUUUAUUCUUUUUUGUGUUGUCUUCUUAAUUGUUUAUAUGGUUUUUGAAUAACAAUAAGAAAAAUUGCAAUAAUAAUAAUAACAGCAAGUUACUCUUAUUAAGCAUUAUUACCUUCAAGGGCUUACAAUAAGUUUGCUCUAGGAAUUAUUUGAUUUAAUUUACAGGACAUUCUUAUGAGUCAGGUUCCGUUAUUAUCUCUGGUUUAUAGGUAGGUGAGGCACUUGAGGCUUAGAGAUACUGAGUAAUAUUCUCAAGAGUGGCAAGCAAGUGGUUGGGUGGGGCUUCCACCCAGUUAGAUCUGAGAGCCUAUCUAACAUGCUCACUGUUGCUAGCUGUAAUCUAUUGCCUACUCUAUAUAAUCACUCAACUGGAAUUUAUUGUUAUUGUACUUUCUUUUUCCUUUUAUCUGGUGAAGAAUAGGUAAAAGUCCAAUCUGUGGGUAUAGAUAGCAGUCAACAACAUUCAUUUUACAGCCCCUGUGUGCUAGUAUUGUAUCACGUGACUAAGUGUGUGUGUGUGUAUGUGUGUGUAGUUGUACAUGGUAAAGUGAACUGUGUAGAUUAAACAGCAACUUCUGAAUUCAGGGAAUAUCUGCUUUAAGAAAAUACAAUAUUUUAGAAAACAGUUGGCUGGGCAUGUUUAGGAAAAGGUAUAGGGAAAAAAUUAGCACCCAUGGCCAAGAGAUUUGGGAUCGUAUAUCAGCUCUUCUAGAAAUCGUUCAGAAACCACAGAUUGGGGUGAAGCAAUGCUACAGAAUUGCCUCUUGAGGAUCAUUUUCUAAAUAUUAACUGUCGUGCAAAUAUUUUCAUAGCACAUCAACAUCUGUGGUGGGUGUUAGACAUAUUUGUGUUGUGGAAAGAACUCAGAACUUGGCACCAAAGUGUCCAGUCUGCCACUUCUUAGCAGUGUGGCUUCAGUUUAAUUAGUGCCUCUCAGCCUGCUUCUCCUCUGUGAAAUAAUACUGAGCACUUACUCUGGGACAUGAUUUAUAUGUAUCUCGUUUAUUCUCAAAAUAACUUGGUAUAUUUGGAGAAUUGGAAGUCAUUGGGUAAUGUUAUAAACAUAUUUCGUGUUAUUAAUUACUGUCAAUAAUUCAUGUUAUUAUGGUGUUUGCUCAGGCUCCACAGCCUAGUGAGUAUUGAUGGGCAGAGGGACCCAUAGCUGAUCCAUGGGCUUCUUUAUUGCAGAACUGUCUGGAACAAUCCCUUCUGGGCCCAGAUUAGCUCUAAAUCUGGACAUUUCCAGGAGUCAAGUUCUCAAACAAUUUUUUAACUUAACCCUUAAGCUAAUGCACACUUACCAUAUCCUAGGUACAAUGCUAAAAGCUUUACAUGAAUCAUUUGUUUUAGCUCUCUCAACAAUGUUAAUGAAAAGCAAUUUUUAUUGACCCCAUUUAGCAAAAGGAAAAAGAAAAACUAAGAUUCAGAGAUAUUAUGUGACUUGACCAAGUUAUGUAGCAAGAAAAUGGCAGGUAAGGGAGUUCUGCUCCAAAGUACAUCCUCUUAUUUGAUAACCACCCUUCUACACUCUUCUUUCUCCUCCGAGACCAUAGUUCCUGGUUACAGUUUGCUUGCUUCAGAGGUAUCUGAGUUUCAGUUGCAUUCUUGGUCUCUAUGUUUGGUAGGUGUGGGCUGAGAUGGGUGUGUUUGAUGGACUGACAUAAUUGUGAAGUUCAUGGAACUCAGUUUGGUCCUCUUGUAGGCCAAUGAGGAGAGUCUGGGGGAAUCUAUAACUCCCUCAGAAAGAGCAGUAUUUGCCUUCAAAGCUCUUCCAGAAUAUUUCUUGGCUCAGAGUGCUUUAAUAAAUAGCUAAUUGGCUUAGUGCCUCCAAGCAGGCACUAACCUUCCCUUCAGUGAUUACCCAAGGAAUUCAAUAUUCCUUUUCAAACACUGAUUAUUGUUAUUUCUUACCAUUUACAAAUAUG